AUGAACAUCCAGACUUUGGACCAGAGUCCACGAAAUCAUCGCGGCGGGCAGGUUUCCCACCUGCUUUUGGCCUCGGGUCAGUUCGGGUCCGAGAACCUGGCGGUCACCUGGGUGGAAGGCGAGCCGGGCAGCGAACAGGCUGUCCACUCCCACGACGGGCGGGAGCAGGUGUACGUGGUCGUGCAGGGACGCGGCGCCAUGAGGGUCGGCGACGAGGUUGAGGAGGUUGGGCCCGGCACCGCCAUCCUGGUGCCCCCCGCCACCAGCCACUCGAUCCGCAACAUCGGGGAGGAAAACCUCAUCUACGUGUCCGCAACUUCGCCGCCUUUUGAGAUGCAGGAGGGGAACACCCGCUGGUCAACCCCGUCGGCGUCGUAG